AUGAGAACACCAAAAAGGUUGAGAAUGCUAGAACAAAGGUUAAAUCAAAAUAAAAUCGAAUUGGAACAUCGGGAAUCAGUGAAAAAGGUGCGAAGGAGGAAAAUUACCAAUCGUGAUUUUUGCAGUCAUUCUUCAAGCCCUGAAUCGGGAUUGCAAGUCCUGAGGCUUACGAGAAAUCGAGGCGGUCUCUUGGCCUUCGAUGAAAUUGGCGAUGGUGGAAGUCAAGGGGCAGAGAGUGUGAAGGCUCACCAGCGACGACAGCAAUUGGGCGACAUGAAUGGAAGAAAGGCUCACAUCGCAGGUGUGUUGUCCGAUAUUCAGGAUGUUGUGUCCAAUUGCGAUCGUCUCCGGGGUUCGAAGAGGUUGAAGAGACAGAGUGAAGAGGGGAAGGAAGGGGGUCGAUUAUACGACGACCCUUGUGGCUUAAUCGUCGUCAUCAGCAGCGCACAAAUGGGGGAAAGAGCAAACAACAAAAAAUCAACAUUUGGGGUGAAAUCAGGAAGCAUCAUCGUUCGAUGUAGAUGGUUCAUCUUUCGAGCAAGGGAAAAGGAAAACGGAAGUAGUUGGGAUCGCCUGUGUGAUUCGGAUGUGUAA